ACGAAAGACAUCCUCGAAUCUUGGAAAGUUUCGCUCGCAACUCCGUAACCGAUCCUUAUCCAGUAUCACCACGCCAAACCGACAAGAUGGGCCGUCUUCACAGCAAGGGAAAGGGCAUUUCUGCCUCCGCUCUCCCCUACUCUCGAUCUUCCCCUGCGUGGUUGAAGACCACCCCCGAGCAGGUUGUCGAGCAGAUCUCCAAGCUCGCCCGUAAGGGUGCCACCCCUUCUCAGAUCGGUGUCAUUCUCCGUGACUCUCACGGUAUUGCCCAGGUCAAGCACGUCACUGGUAACCGAAUUCUCCGAAUUCUCAAGUCCAGCGGCCUCGCCCCCGAGCUCCCCGAGGAUCUGUACAUGCUUAUCAAGAAGGCUGUUGCCGUCCGAAAGCACCUUGAGCGCAACCGCAAGGACAAGGACUCCAAGUUCCGUCUCAUUCUCAUUGAGUCCCGAAUUCACCGUCUGGCCCGUUACUACAAGACCGUCGGUGUCCUUCCCCCCACCUGGAAGUACGAGUCCGCUACUGCCAGCACCAUCGUCGCUUAAGCGAACAUAAAAACGACGGCUGGCCAAGUUCGGAUGGAAGUGAUGGUUUCCCGGAUCACGGAGUUAGGGACAAAUUAUGGAAAAAGCUUGCAUUUAGAGCCAUGAUGCUUAUGCGCCCUAUCUGGGAGGACUGACAGCGAAAUCGACGGCUCAAAUAGAAAGCUUUUCGACCGCUGCAAAACGCAUGUAUGCAAUGGAGUAUACUACACCCAGUGACGAUAAAAUUCUUAAACCUGAACGCCA